AUGGACGACCUGUACAGCAAGUGGUUCCGCAUCGCGGACGCGGACCACGACGGGCAGGUCGGGGGCGGCGAGGCGGUCGCCUUCUUCCAGCGCUCGGGACUCCACAAGGACGUCCUGCGGGCCGUGUGGGAGCUGGCCGCGGGCAACGCCUCGUUCCUCAACCAGCGGCAGUUCACGAGCGCCAUGCACCUCGUCUCUAUAGCGCAGCAGAACAACGGCGCCCUCGACGCUGCCAGGGCACGCCCGGUUCUCUCAGGCCUCGCCAUGCCGCCGCCGCCGCCUAAGAUGGAAGGCCUCGACUCAGGGAACGUCGCGCCGCCGCAGGCGUCCUGGCGCUCCACGCCGGCCCCGGCAGCCGCGGCCAAGCCGUACACCGAGAUCGACUCCGGGGCCUUCUCCGACUUCGCGCCGGACCUGGGGGGCGCCAGCAAGCGUGCAGCGCCGCAGGGCGCGCCCGCGGGGGGCGGCGCGGGCGGCUUCCCGCUCAUGGGCGCGGCGACGCGGGCGCAGUACGAGUCCGAGUUCAGCACGCUCGACUCGGACCGGGACGGCUUCGUGCAGGGGGGGGAGUGUUUCGGGCUGUUUUCGCAGUCCGGUCUGUCCCGGGAGACGCUGAGGCAGGUGUGGUCGCUGGCGGCGGGCGAGCAGGGCGCGCUGGACCGGCGGCAGUACGUGGCGUGCCGGUACUUGAUGGACUUGGUCAGGGGGGGGGGACAAUUGCCAAAGUCCAUCCCCGCGUGGAACUUCCCGCCGGAGCAGACGUCUUUGCUGGGCGGCGGCGGCGGCGGAUCGUGGCAGGUGACGCAGGGAGCUGGCGCGAGUGCGGCGGCCGCGUCGGGCGACCCGUUGGCGGGCGUGCUGGGCAUGCCUGUGCCGGAGAUGGGCGCUAGGCCGCAGGAGGGGGCGGAGUUCAAGUACCGGGCGGAGCUGCCGGACAUUGUCGACGAAGGCGCGAUUUACCGCUCGCAGCUGCCCGGGGACAGCCGGGCGAGGCUGGAGCGCGCGGUGCGCGAGGCGGGCGAGCACGACGAAGCGUACCAGAAGGCCAAGCACAUGAAGUCGCAAUACGAGAGCAAGGAGCAGUGGUUCCAGGCGGCCAUGCAGCAGCUGACGCUGUUCAAGUCCCGCCUGGUGUCGCGCUCCCUCGACAUGCAACAGGAGGCCGCCGCGGCGCAGCGGCGCGCGGAGGAGGCCGAGACGAAGCUCGAGCGGGCCGAGCGCGACGCGCAGACCAACCUGCGCCGCGUGCAGCCCAUCCUCGACACCAUCAAGACCUGCGGCGAGCGCACAGAGGCGGCCAAGAAGCGCCUGGCCGAGCUCGAACAGGAGCUCGCGGCCAAGGAAGCAACGUCCGAUGAGGACGCGCGGCGCGCCGAGCAGGAGGCUGUGGCGCUCGAGCAGCAGGUGGCGGCGGCGGAGCUACGGCGGGACCAGGUCGAGCGCGGUGCCGUGCUGCUGGGGCAGAAGUGCGAGGAGCUGCGGCGGCAGAUCCACGCCGCCGACACCAUGGCCGAGGCGCUCGAGGUCGACGUGAAGCGGUACGAGGAGCAGGCGGGGGCGCUGGAUGCGAAGCGGCAGGCCCUGACGUCUGCGUCGCCGUACCAGGACGUGCUGGCGUGUCUGCGCAGCUCCCUGGAACUAGUCAACGACGUCAAGGCCAGCGCGGCGCAGUUCGGCCUGCCCGUGCCCGACGAAAUCAAGCUCCUGCCGCUCAAGUGGGACCCGGCGCUCCUCGAGGCGGGGCAAGAGUGGGGCAGUUUCACGCACCAGGGGUUGGAUGUCAUCGCCGGAACCGGGGCGCCGAUGACCCCCGCGGCAGCGCAAACGGCGUCGGACUGGCUCACCCCCGGCGACGCCCCGGCCGCGGCGACGGCGCUCGCGGCGCCUGCUGCGACGGAGCCCGCGGCGCCGGCUUUCGUCGACAAGCCUGCUGUGUUUGACCAAGAGACCCCCGGGGGCGGUUUCGACGUGGGCGGAGACGCGUUCAUGAGCUUCGGGGACUUCGGGGGGCCGUCGACGCAGGCUGCGGCGCCGGCGCCGGCGCCGAAGACUGGGCUCGACGCCGUGAUUGGUGCCUCCCUGGGGGCUGGUAUGAACAUGAACGUGGACGAGUCCUCCGGGAGCACCUCGGGGGACGAGGACCCGUUCGGCGGUCAGGGCGGAGGCACGCGCGCGCCGCGGUCUGGGGCGGACGCGUUCGAGGGCCUCGGGUGGUAG